AUGGUGUUGGACCGCUCCGAUAUUUUACUCGAACCACGGCAAGAAACCCUUAAAAACAUCAUCGAUGAGGAGGGCUUAAAUCUCCACCACCUUCUCACCGACUACUUCGAAGCCAGCUUAGACGCCUGCCACAUAUGUGACGUGCUCCUGCAUAGCAUCCACCAAACCCGUGCCGAAAACCGACACACGAAGAAGCUCGUAUUAAAACUCAGCCAAAGAGUACACCUACUUUAUAAUGAUAAUAUCGACAUUACUGAUGAUGAACAAUGCCUGGAAAUUUUCGGGGAGCUUGGCACAUUUGCCCGAGCUAAAAAUCCGUUGUCGAUAAUCAGCCCUGGGCCGUUCCGUCACAUUCAUGAUAGCUACGUGGCGUUAUUCGAUAGGCUGAUUUUAAAGCACAAAAAGGUGCGAAGGGCCUCAAAGCGUAACAGAAUAUGCAAAAAGGUUGGAGGGGUUGGUCUGGUGGUGUCACAUACCGCGCUUUUGAUCACGUUGCUUGUGUUUGCAAUCCACAGCAUGAUUGGAAUCGUGGUGGCGCCGGCGCUCAUAGCCUGCUCGUUGGGUUUGUGCGCGAGAAAAAUGGACUCCGCAGCGGAGUGGUUGAAGACUAGGUUUCCCGAGAGCCACGGGCAGCAACUUGACGUGGCGGCGAAAGGGGUUUAUAUUUUGAUCAAUGAUUUCGAUACAAUGAGCCGGAUGGUGAGGCGGUUGUACGACGAGGUGGAGCACAGGAAAGCUGUCGCCAGAAUGUGUGUUAGCAGUGUGAGGAACAUAAUUAGUACUAAUAAUGGUGGAUCAUCUUCAAACUGUGACAUAUUUAAGAAGGUGGUGAGGGAAUUUCAUGCGAGUGAGGAUAGCUUUGUGGAGCAGCUAGAGGAGCUUGAAGAACAUAUUUACUUGUGCUUGCUCACCAUAAACAGGUCGAGAAGGCUUGUGAUACAAGAAAUAUUGGCAAAGACCUAA